AUAAACUACGAGAAUAUCAACUCCUUCAAACAGGUUAGUUUGGAAUAAAUUAUUCUAAUGCUCUACUCAACGCCGUGUUCGAAAAACUCCCCCAGAUAGUGCAGUAAGGGACUUUUCAAGAAGUGAAUCAUUGUAAAUAAAUACCUACUGAACAAAGGAAGACGAUAACAGCUGCGACAAAGCGCAUUAGAAUCAUUAGAUCCAAGGCAAGUAGGUCAUGAACACUAUCAAGCUCUAUGUAUAAGCGCAAUAUGUGAUAUAAUUAUUAGAAGUGAACAUACAAGCCUGAAAAAAUUGUGAAUUGUGCAAAGAAACAUGUGUAUACGAAAAGUUUUUCCAUAUCGUUUAAUAACCUUUGACGUGACUAACACCAUACUCAAAUUUACGGCAAACAUCGGAAAAACCUAUGGUGACAUUGGAGAAAAGCACGGAGUGAAAUGUGAUACAAAUGAACUAACAGAGUGUUUCAAACUUCAAUUUAAGAAAAUGUGCAAUGAAAGACCCAACUUUGGUAGCAAUACGGGUUUUUCAUGGGAGAAAUGGUGGAGGAGCGUAGUCUUCGAUACAUUCAGAAGUUGCCGAAGUGAUAUUCCUGAUUCAAGACUGGAAAAGAUUUCUGAAGAACUGAUUGAAGUAUACAAAACGAAAUCCUGUUGGAAACCCGCCUCUGGUGCAGUGGAACUUUUGAACUACUUGAACGACAGAGGCGUAACAUUGGGUGUCAUAUCCAAUUCAGAUCCGAGAUUGCAUGAGAUUCUGAACAAUCUUAGAAUGUAUUCAUAUUUCAAAUUCGUUCUUACAUCUUAUGAAGUUGGUUAUUCGAAACCAGAUAAACGUAUUUUUGAGAGGGCCAUGACAAAAUCAACGUUGAAAAAUUUGUGUAAUGAGCAAUGUCUUCAUAUUGGAGAUAAUUUUGAGUUUGAUUAUGUGGGAGCAAGAAGUCUUAAUUGGAAUUCAUUUCUUAUAAAUAGGAAAAAUACGUCGAAUUCAAAAAAUAAUUCUAUUUCUGACGAUAAUCUAUUUGUUGAUUUAAAGAGUUUGAAAAAAGACUUUGAAGAUAAAUGGAAAAACUAUCACGUGCCAAAUAAUUAAUAAUAUUUAUAAUGUAUUUGUAUUACAGUGUCAAAAAUAUUUCACACAUUGAUAUUAUUCUAUAUAAUGAAAUAUGUAUCAAUUAAAACGAUGAAUCAGAAAUAAAAUCAAAGAAGGUA